GAGAGAGCGCGCGCACAUAAAGUUUGUGCCUGAGGGUGCGCGUCGGGCGGGCUCGCCCGGCUCCGAGAGCGGCGGGUGGGCGGCCCGGAGGCGGAGAGGCCCGGAGCGAAGGGACGCGUUGGCAGCAGCAAGGGCAGCGGCGGUGGUGAUGCGAUGUGCCCCGCUGCGCCCGUCUAGCUGCGCUAAGUGAAGCGGCUCACCAGCGCGGCCAUGGGGACCCUGGGCAAGGCGAGAGAGGCUCCUCGAUACCAAUCUGACCCUGGGGCUAUUGCGAGUGCUGGGUAAGAAUCAGUAACAGCCAGGAGAAACUUGAUCAAGUCCUGUAAUACCAGCUUGAUCUUUUGGAAAUCACUGCCUCGGGAAACCUUCCCAUGGCUGCAGAGCUGCCCCUAAAGCAAAACUAGAGGCGAAGACAGCCAGCAGCCCCAUCCCUUCCCAUCCCAGCCUGGCCCAGAUCACCCAGUUCCGAAUGAUGGUGUCUCUGGGACAUUUGGCCAAAGGAGCCAGCCUGGACGAUCUCAUCGAUAGCUGCAUUCAGUCCUUUGAUGCGGAUGGAAACCUGUGUCGGAGUAACCAGCUGCUGCAAGUCAUGCUGACCAUGCACCGAAUCAUCAUUUCCUCUGCCGAGCUGCUCCGAAAAGUGAUCACCCUGUAUAAGGAGGCCUUGGCAAAGAAUUCACCAGGGCUUUGCCUGAAGAUCUGCUACUUUGUGAGGUAUUGGAUAACAGAGUUCUGGAUCAUGUUUAAGACGGAUGCCAGCUUGACAAACACUAUGGAGGAGUUUCAGGAACUGGUGAAAGCUAAGGGGGAGGAGCUACACUGCCGCCUGAUCGACACAACUCAAAUCAAUGCCCGAGACUGGUCCAGGAAACUUACUCAAAGGAUAAAAUCAAACACCAGCAAGAAGCGGAAAGUCUCCCUGCUCUUCGACCAUCUGGAACCGGAAGAGCUGUCGGAGCACCUCACCUACCUUGAGUUCAAGUCCUUCCGGAGGAUAUCCUUCUCUGACUACCAGAAUUACCUGGUGAACAGCUGCGUGAAGGAGAACCCCACCAUGGAGCGGUCUAUAGCCCUGUGCAAUGGCAUCUCGCAGUGGGUGCAGCUGAUGGUGCUCAGCCGCCCCACCCCGCAGCUGCGCGCUGAAGUCUUCAUCAAGUUCAUCCAGGUGGCUCAGAAGCUCCACCAACUACAGAACUUCAAUACUUUGAUGGCUGUGAUAGGAGGCCUAUGUCACAGCUCAAUCUCCAGGCUCAAGGAUACAAGUUCACACGUCCCACAUGAAAUCAAUAAGGUCCUGGGUGAGAUGACUGAGCUGCUGUCCUCCUGCAGAAACUAUGACAACUACCGGCGAGCCUACGGGGAGUGCACCCACUUCAAGAUCCCCAUCCUGGGGGUGCACCUCAAGGACCUCAUCUCCCUGUAUGAAGCCAUGCCUAACUAUCUGGAGGAUGGGAAGGUGAACGUCCAUAAACUGCUGGCUCUUUACAAUCACAUCAACGAACUGGUCCAGCUGCAAGAGGUGGCCCCGCCCUUGGAGGCCAACAAGGACUUGGUGCACCUGCUGACGCUGUCCCUGGAUCUCUACUACACUGAGGAUGAAAUCUACGAGCUUUCCUACGCCCGGGAGCCAAGGAACCACAAAGCCCCACCACUAACACCUUCAAAGCCACCAGUAGUAGUGGACUGGGCCUCUGGAGUAUCUCCCAAACCUGACCCAAAGACUAUAAGCAAACAUGUCCAGAGGAUGGUGGAUUCUGUCUUCAAGAACUAUGAUCAUGACCAAGAUGGAUACAUUUCUCAGGAAGAAUUUGAAAAAAUUGCUGCGAGUUUUCCAUUUUCCUUCUGUGUGAUGGACAAAGACAGGGAAGGCCUCAUUAGCAGGGACGAGAUCACGGCCUACUUCAUGAGGGCCAGCUCCAUCUACUCCAAGCUGGGCCUGGGCUUUCCUCACAACUUCCAGGAGACAACCUACCUGAAGCCUACUUUCUGUGACAACUGUGCUGGAUUCCUCUGGGGCGUGAUCAAACAAGGAUAUCGAUGCAAAGACUGCGGGAUGAACUGCCACAAACAGUGCAAAGAUCUGGUUGUGUUCGAGUGCAAGAAGCGCAUCAAGAACUCAGUAGCUUCCACAGAGAACAACAGCACCUCUGUGGGGCCCACAUUCAACCUCUGCUCACUGGGAGCCAAAGACCUGCUCCACGCCCCUGAGGAAGGACCUUUCACGUUCCCUAAUGGGGAGGCUGUGGAACAAGGUGAAGACAGUAAGGAUCGGACCAUCAUGCUCAUGGGGGUGUCCUCACAGAAGAUUUCUGUUCGGCUGAAGAGGACUGUGGCCCACAAGGCCACACAGACGGAAUUCCUGCCCUGGAUUGGCAGUGAGGGCCCUUCUGGCCCUUUCACACUGUCUUCCCCACGGAAGACAGCCCAAGACACUCUGUACGUGCUUCCCAGCCCGACAUCUCCCUGUCCCAGCCCAGUCCUGGUCAGAAAGCGGGCUUUUGUCAAGUGGGAGAAUAAAGACUCCCUCAUAAAAUCAAAGGAGGAGCUCCGUCACCUCAAACUCCCAACCUACCAAGAGCUGGAACAGGAAAUAAAUGCACUGAAAGCAGAUAAUGAUGCUCUAAAGAUCCAACUGAAAUAUGCACAGAAGAAAAUAGAAAGCCUCCAACUUGCAAAAAGCAAUCACGUCUUAGCUCGGAUGGAGCAAAGUGACUGUUCUUAGCCCAGGAACUCAAGGAACGCAAUCUGUGGAUGGGUGGAUCACAGACGGCAUUUCACAAGUCGAUUACCAGAAACACCAGGGAGCCUUGGCGUGACCAGCUUUAAAAGGGGUACUUUAAAAAAGAAAAGCUACUCUUUUUUCCCAGUAUGUGGUAUUGUUUUCUCUUCCACUCAGCUGAAUCAGAAGGAAGGAAAACUGAAGAAUGCAAUAUUGUUGCCAUUCAUACCAAACACUGUUUUCCCUGAAAGCAAAAGUGUGAUAAGAACGUAUCUAUAGUUUUAGCCUGCCUGGCUGCUUCUUCCUUAGAACUAAAAUCCCUGGAAAAUGAAUCAGCCUGGAGUUUUCUGUGAACUGAGGGAUUUACUUUGUUCCAUCCAAAGCUUGUUAGUAUUAGAUUCACUUCUUCUACAUGCCAGCAUUCUUUAUGAAUCUGGUUCCCAAUUCACUACCUCAAAUCUAAUCAGUUAGCCUUUCCCUAUGCUCAUACACCUGAGGACAUACACCUGGAACUGAACUUCUAGAGAUGUAGGCACAAAUAGCAGGGGGCCUGUUAAACAAUAUGACAUGUCCAGUCACAGAUCAACUUACAAUUUUAGUCUCACAGUCAUAAUAAAUAAUAAAAUAAAUAACCAAAUUAAAUACCUGAAAACAUGGCCAAUACCUUCUCACAGAUGACUGGCUAAUUAGCUACACAUAAUGCUAACACAUUUGUCCUCAUAUAACCCACAGUGGACAGAAUUAAGACUCUAUGACUAUUGUUUUUAAACAGAGUCUGUUUAGGUCUUUAAGUAUUAUAACUAUUUUUGAGCUGAAUUUGUGCUUAUACUGCCUUCACUAUUAUUAUUAUUUAGAAAUAAGCUAAUUGGAUCAGAGCCUUCAAUAACAGCUGACAGAGUGUACAUAUGUAUAUUUAUUAUGUAUAUAUAAUAUCAGGCAUGCAUGUGACUCGGAAUAUUUUUUCCUCUAUAAAAUGUGGAAGUAAAUUAAACUUUUAGUCAUUUACAGAAACUCACAAGUAUAAAGUUCAGUUUGUUAUAAGGUGAAGAAUUUGCUCACAGUGUAAAUUAUAUUGUUCGGCAAAAUCACAAGUAAGAGACCUACAUGUUAUCCAUUAAUGAAGGUUAAUGAUAGACGAGCUAACUUGGUUGUCCAGGCAACUGUUCAUGAACUCCUUUGUCAGAUUCUCUAUUUCUCUAAAAAAUUCAUACGAUCAUUUUCUUUUUCUGUGAGGGGGGUGGGGGAGGGAACUUACCUUCCACUCUUGGAAAACCUGGUACCAAACUGACUUGAAAUUCAUAAACAAGGUGACCAACGUGCUAAGAACAUAAUAUCAACAGCUAGAAGUUCCAAACCUAAAGCCAACAACGCCAAGUCUUAAUCAGAAUACAAAGCACAUAUACACAAUGUAGCUUCCUUGGAGAAUUCAGAUCAUUUAAGAAGUUUGAUGAAAGACUGGUUCCAAUUUGCACACCUUGUUGUACUGAGCUUUAGCAACAAAGUUAGUGACUAGCUUUCAAGUGUGUUUUAAAGAAUCACUUUGCACACAAACUUACCCUUUCCUAAAUCCAAACUGGAAAAUCCCACCACCUGGUAUGUACAUUUAUAGAAGCACUUUGCUACUUACCUUAUAUAGAACAACAUGAGUUUAUGAUCAUCUUCAAAAUUCAUAUUCUUCACUAUUAUUCCUCUGAUAAAGACGAAAAACAGUACUGCUGUAUUUCCUUUAAACACAGUCAUGUAACAAAUUUUUUCAUUCUUCUUCCCCUCUACCCCAAAUACAGACUCCAGGUUAGUUUCUAUGUAAAUACUCUAUAAUUUAUAGGAACUCAAAAGGUCACAGUCUCUUUAGUCACAUUAACAAGGCUAGAAGAUCUCAGGCAUUCCAGAACUUAUCACGAAAAUGGAUAGGAAGUAGUAAUUUCAUCACAGUUUUCACAACCUAGAGGGCCAAGAAGUACAAUGUAUAAAUUAAUAUUAUUGGCGUGAAGCUACAGAAAUAAUCGGUUUGUUAAGCCUAGGAUACAAAAUUUUGUGUCUUGUACUGACUUGAAAUAAGUUUAGGCAUAUGUUUAUCUGCCAAAACAAUGACAAAUUUUGUUUUGUUAACAGUAAUGUCACUUCUCAUUUGCUUUGGUAAUUGACUUGUAUUUUUAUUAUUUGUGAAUUUCUGUCUAAAGAUGUAUUAUGUAAAAGAACUGCAAGGAAAAAACAUGUACAGAUUGUAAAGUUUUUUAUACCUAAUGUAAGUUUUCUUUGUGUAAUAUUUAUAUGAUAAAAGACAUUAGAAUCCC